AUGAACUCACAGUGGAAUGAGGUGUCGAUGUGGUUGCAGAAUUCAAUUGAGUUUGUCGUCAACAGAACUCAAACACAGGUGGAGUCUGAUCUAAAGUGUGUGAAUGAUGACAUACUCUUGCGGCAGCCUCCCGUUCAAGAAUCAGAGGAGACCGACAGCCCUGUCCCUUCAUGUGCGGCUUCUACUGGCCGUAAACGGCGCCGUUCGGAUAUUUGA